CAUCAAGUCCCAGAAAGUGAACAAAGAACCCAACCCAAACCAGAGCCUUCUGGUGGAGGAGUGUGUGCUCACUGGCUGCUGCUUUGAGCUGGUGUGUCCGGGGCUGUCAGCACCAUGAGCAGCUUCAGGGCUGCCAUGCUCUUCUGGACAGUGGUGGCGUGUGCCGCAACAGACAAGCCUCUAGGAGAGAACGAGGAGACUGGAGUUCAAAGAUGCAAGAACGCCCUGAAAAUACCUGUGCUGGAGGUCCUCCCCGGAGGGGGCUGGGAUAAUCUGCGCAACACGGACAUGGGGCGGGUCAUAGAGUUGACUUACACCAACUGUAGGACCACAGAGGAUGGACAGUACAUCAUCCCCGAUGAAAUUUUCACCAUUCCCCAGAAACAGAGCAACCUGGAGUUGAACUCAGAAAUCCUGGAAUCCUGGAUGAAUUACCAGAGCAGCAUCUCUGCUUCCAUCAACAUGGAGAUCUCUGCUUUUUCCAAGGUCAAUGGCAAGUUCUCCUCUGAAUUCCAGAGGAUGAAGACCCUUCAAGUGAGGGACCAGGCUGUCACUACUCGUGUUCAGGUAAGAAACCUGGUCUACACGGUCAAAAUUGACCCAACCUCAGAACUAAGCUCGGGGUUUAUGAAAGACCUCAUGGACAUCUCUGACUGUCUCGAGAACAAUCAGACCAGGAUGGCCACCUACCUGGCGGAGCUCCUGGUCCUCAACUAUGGUACCCAUGUCAUCACCAGUAUGGAUGCCGGGGCUGCUCUCAUGCAGGAGGACCAUAUCAAGUCCUCCUUCCUCCAGAACAGCCAGGACAGCCGCAUAGGUGUGACCGUGUCCGCUGGGGUUACCUUCUUAAACACCGUGAACUUCAAAUCAUCUGCGAACAUCACCUACGAGGAUGACUUGACCAAGGGCUACCUGGCAAACCGAACCAACUCCAGGGUUCAGAGCCUCGGAGGGGUUCCCUUUUAUCCAGGUAUCACCCUGCAAAACUGGCAGCAGAGCAUCACCAACCACCUGGUGGCCGUGGAUCGCGCCGGCCUGCCCCUGCAUUUCUUCAUCAAGCCGGACCUGCUGCCUCACUUGCCCAGCCCCCUGGUGAGGAAGCUGUCACACACGGUGGAAACUGCCGUGAGACACUAUUACAACUUCAACACCUACCCGGGAUGCACAGAUGGCAACUCACCCAACUUCAAUUUUCAGGCCAAUACGGAUGAUGGAUCCUGUGAGGGAAAAAUGACCAACUUCUCCUUUGGUGGGGUGUAUCAGGAAUGCACUCAGCUCUCAGGGAGUGAGGGCAUCCUCCUCUGCCAAAAGUUGGAGCAGAAGAAUCCACUCACUGGCAAUUUCUCCUGCCCCUCUGGCUACUCCCCAGUCCAUCUGCUGACUCAGAUCCACGAGGAAGGCUACAGCUCCUUGGACUGUGAGCGGAAGUGCCACUUGGUCAUCUUUUGUAAGACAGUCUGUGAAGAUGUGUUCCGGGUGGCAAAGGCUGAAUUUAGGGCUUUUUGGUGCAUGGUCAGUGACCAAGUACCUGCAAACUCAGGACUUCUUUUUGGGGGCCUCUUCAGCAGUAAGAGCAUAAACCCCAUGACAAAUGCACAGUCCUGCCCAGUUGGCUACCUCCCUCUGAGCCUCUUCGAAAGCCUCAAGGUAUGUGUUUCUCAGGACUAUGAGAUAGGAUACAAGUUUUCUGUCCCCUUUGGUGGGUUCUUCAGUUGCGUAGUUGGGAACCCCCUGGUAAAGUCUUCUGUCUCCGGAGACAUGGCACCCUCUCUGAAAAAGUGUCCCGGGGGCUUUAGCCAACACCUCGCCUUCAUCAGCGAUGGAUGCCAAGUGUCCUACUGUGUCAAGGCUGGGAUUUUCACAGGAGGGUCCCUGCCCCCCGCCAGGCUCCCACCUUUUAUCAGGCCACCCCUCAUAAGUCAGACUGCCACCAACACUGUCGUUGUGACAAAUAGCGAGAGUGCCAGGUCCUGGAUUAAAGACGCCCAGACCCACCAGUGGAGGCUGGGGGAUCCUUUGGAGCUGCGCAGAACCAUGAAGGUCAUCCAUGGGGACAGCAGUGGUCUGCCGGGAGGGGCAGCAGCUGGGAUCACAGUGGGAGUCACCACUGUCCUGGCAGCUGUCAUCGCCUUGGCCAUCUAUGGCACCCGGAAAUACAAGAGGAAGGAAUACCAGGCGUUCGAGGAGGAGAGGCGGAAUUUGACUUCAGACAUUCUACCCACUGAAGACUUCCUUGUCCCAGAGCCACAGCAAAGUCCAGCUUAAGUCUUCCCGGGGAAGCAGCUGUGUCGUCUUCGACCACGGCUUCAGGCAUGUCUUCCGUUGCUUCCUUCUCCGCUUUGGCCUUCCUAAUGAUUGAGGUGUCAAUGCAACAAAAAGCAGGUAUAACUUUGUGACUUCUUAAUUAGGUCUCUGAGCCAGGAAAUGAGCGGCAUGAACCAGGUUGAAGGUGGGGAGAGGGAGCCAUCGUGAUUCGCUAAGCAAAAGCCACCCUGGGGACUAAAAUGUAGAAGAGGUGUCUUUUCCCAUAUUUGUGCAUGUGUCAAAAGAGAGGAGGGAGGACGUAGACGUCUGGAUUUGGAAUCUAUGCAUUUAGUCUGAAGUCUUCAGAGGUUUCCAAUCUGGAAGCUGUCGGAGUUUCUGUGAAGCACCACCUCUAUUUUGUGUUUUAAAAAGCUGUCUGGAUUUUUAUGCUCCUAGAGACAGACAGAGCCCUAGAGAUAAAGAAGCCCCACUUGGCCACUGAUUUUCAGCUUUGAGGGCUCUGUGUCAAGGGGCUGUGUUAGCUCCUCUGGUUCAUCUGAAAGGGAAGAUUUUGCCUAAAUCAAUUCCUUUCCCCAGCUGCCCCAUGACUAGGACUUCCUGAGACCGGACCACUCUUGGACUUCUGACUAGUGUCCACAAGUCCUCUGAAUAUAUUUUAACUUAUAAGCUUCUACUAGGAGGCAAUGGGUGAGGAGGUUAUUGGGACACUUGCAGUAAAAAUCUGAAAAAGACUGGAGCUCAGGGGAAAUUGGGAUUCUUAUUCCCAACCAAGUGACAGCAUUCUCUAGAUAGUCCCAGAUGAGGCACCGAAAGGAGAUGUAGAUUUAAUAGCUCAAACAUGAUGGUUUUGUGUUCUAUGUUACCAAAAUACACCCCCUUUCUCUUCUGUGGAUGGCCUGCACCCUGUCUUCCCACCACAAGCCUGGGUGCAUGGGUGCAUGUGCACACACACCCCAUAUUCCAAUAACAAGUCCAAGUCCACAUCUGAAUAUCAUUUCCUCCCUAGCACCGAAACAGUACAGAAAGCACCAAUUGCUUUACCUGUGCUUUUCCUGGUAGAAAGGGGACAGACAUGAUCAAAUCCGUAUUUUUAAAGGCAUCCAGAGCCACUUGUGACAUUUAUAUCAGUUCCAGACUGAGCUCCCUGUGGUCUUGAGCAGGAUGCAUGAUUGCCUCCUGGAAAUAUGUGGGGCUUUGCUCAAUCUGAAUGCCAGUCUUGUCUAAUUGCAGUCACCUCCAGAACAUUAGUGCUGCUCCACAUUUUAAAAAAGUAGUAUGCAUUCAUUCGCUAUAUCAAAUGUUGCUAGCGAGUUAUCUUCUAGGAAGGAGACUUGGUUCUCCCCUGGUUGAUGUUCACAGUCAAGGGUUUGAGCUGACAGCAGACCCCUCUUCUGAAGAGCCUGUUGUCCCAGGCUGUGGGAAAUGGGAGCAAGAAUACUCAUUCAUUUCCAACUGAGAUACAGACACGAAGAACAGAUUUUAAGCCCCUCUUACCUGCCUGCCCAGCCAAGGACACUGAUUUCUAUAUCCUCUUCCCUUCACUCUGCCUCUUAAGCAUUAAAAUGUUCUAAAUCCCA